AUGCGUUUAAAAGUCAACUACUGUGGCAUAGCACAGAUCUGGUGGAUUGUUGAGAAUCCACUUUCCACAAUCAUUGAACAAGUGAUUUUAGAUGUCAAGAAGUAUCUAGAGGAACAACGCCUAUUAACUCCCAAAACUGCUUUGGAUGCAGAACAAUCUCGUGAUGGUUCUGAAUCAAAUGGACGGCAGCUAGUGAUGAAGUUCAAUGGAUAUAUUGUUCCAUCUAAGUUUAAAAUUGGGCAAAUUAUGUUAAAAGAUUCUGCCGUUGACAGCAGCGACAGCAGCAGCGGCAAUAGCAGUGAAGAUGAUAGUAGUAGCAACAAUGAAGACAGCAGUAGCAGUAGCAGUAGCAGUAGUAGCGAGAGCAAUGAUAGCAGUAGCAAUAGCGACGACAAUAGUGGAAGUGAAAGUGACUCUGAAAGCGAUAGUGACUCUGAAAGUGACAGUGAUAGUGACAGUGGCAGUGACAGUGGCAGUGACAGUGACAACGAUAAGGAUGGAGAUAUACUGAACGGUAGUAUUUCAAAAAUCGUAAAGCGACCGCGUUAUGAACAUUCUGAUUUUUCAAAAUCAACAGAGCUUAUUAGUGAUCUUAAGGGAUCCACCAAUGAGAAAACAGCUGAUACAUCUGCCAGCAGUUUUUCGCAAACCAAAACUUCUUCUUACAGUAAAGAAACUAUGCUCACUGUUAUUUCUUCAGAGGAUACGGAUGGUUUAGCUCAACAAAUUAGUAAGUCUACCAAGAUCCUGGAGUCGGCCAGCGAAACUGGUAGCCCAGAAGAAGAAGAAGAAGAUGAUGGGGAAGAGGAAGAAGAAGCAAUUAUUUUAGAAGAAGCCGAGGUUGUGACGGAACAGGAUUUAGAUAUGGAAACAACAGAUGAUACAAAGAACGAUGUGAAUAAUAAUGAUGAACCAAAAGAAAUCCCAUGGACUGAAACAAGAACACAUGGAAGGCUUGUUCUUGGCCAAAUCGAAUGUAUUAAUCCUGGCACUUUACGCGUUGAUCUUCCACCGUUUCCUUACGCUAGUACAUAUUCGAAAAAUGUUGACGAAACACGCUUGGAGUACCGUGUUUUAGAUCUCAAUUGGCUUUCCAAGCAAAAGCGCAAAGUUCUUGCGAGCCGACAAACCAUUAAAAAAACACAAGGCAAUGAUAACCAAAUAGAUCAAUAUUCGGACCGAUUUAUUUAUGUUAGACCUGAAAAAUUGCGCCGGGGGGACGUGAUUGAGAUUUCCAAAAUGGUAUUGGGCCCUCAUGGACCAGAAAAUCAAGAACGGGUUUAUCUCAUUCAUGAAAAUGAGGUUGAUAGAAAUACAGGAUCAUUAACUAUGCAGGUAGCAAAGGUAUUUGCAGAUCAUGAUGCGGAGGUUGCAGGUGGAUCUUCGUUUUUCAGUGCUGGACAAGAACCGGUACCUGGAUCAUUAGAUUUUGGCAUUUCUAAAAUAAGCUACAAGGAUUUGGAUCAAGAAGAAAUCUUGAUUUUAUUGCGAAACCAUGUAGUGUACCCUAGUACAUGGUUCAAAACAUUAUGA